GGCGACGAUCUCUGACACAGAAGAAGAAGAUUGUUUUUCACACACUAACUUUUAUUGACAUGUUUUUGGAGUCUUUGGAGAACCUGUGAGGACACGCACACGCACGCACACACACACACACACACACUGAUGGUCGUGCAGGAUGGAGUCGUGCACAUAGAUCAACCUGUGCAACCAAACAUGCAUUUCUACUAUGUGGGCAACCAGACGUGGGCGACCAUGUUGGGUCAGAACAUACGGUUGCAGCCGGUGCCGAUCCAGAGUCUGUCGGAACUGGAGCGAGCCAGAUUACAGGAGGUGGCCUUGUACCACCUAGAGGAGCGCGACUUUGACUUCAAGAUCAGCAUCCCACGAGAAACACGUAAACGGAGAAAAUCUCUGCGCAGGAAGUUUGACUCUUUUUCAAAGGAGAAGAAAGAACGAGAAUCUGCUCCCAAAGCGUUCGGCGUCCCCCUGUCUCAGGUCAUCGGCAACGACCGCGCGUACAAGCGUCGUCAGGACGCUCUGAAGGAGAGCAGACGAGACUGCCUGGACCUGGAGGCCAGCGUCCUCCGCUUCCGAGCCCAGAAACUACAGUUCUUCAACGGGAACAAACCUCCGGUCGCGUCCCCGCCGCUGGUCGGCGCGGGCGGAAAUGCGACACCUGCCUCUAACUCUGCGGCAACAAACAAACCGCUGUCGCCAACGUUUCUGGACAACGUGGGCCGAGGACAGAGGAGGGGAGGUCUGUCCGUCGACUCCAUCUCAGACCUUGUAGAGAGUCAGUCUCGCCUGUUGGAGGCGCUGCAGCUCUCUCACCCAGCCGAGCUGGAGCUGAAGAAGUCCCAGAGCAACGGGUCGUCGGAGGGACGGAACCAGACCAAACUGAGCCUGAACCCCAUCUACAGGCAGGUUCCUCGGGUGGUGGAGCGGUGCUGCAGUCACAUCGAGAACCACGGUCUUCAGACUGUGGGAAUCUUCCGAGUGGGAAGCUCCAAGAAGAGAGUGAGACAGCUGAGGGACGACUUUGACGUGGGCGUGGACGUCCAGCUGGACGAGGAGCACAGCGUCCACGACGUGGCCGCUCUGCUGAAAGAGUUUCUGCGGGACAUGCCCGACCCUCUGCUGUCCAGAGAGCUUUACCCGGCCUUCCUGCACGCCAACCUGAUGAGAGGAGCAGAGCAGAUCAACUACCUGCAGCACCUCCUCUACCUGCUGCCUCCCUGCAACUGUGACACGUUGCUGCGUCUCCUCACCUUACUGCACACGGUGCAGAGCUUCGCUCAGGACAGCAUCGGAACCAACGACGAGGAGAUUCCCGGGAACAAGAUGACGUCAGCAAACUUGGCCGUGAUCUUUGGUCCAAACCUGCUGCAGAAAGAACGAGGAGGAGACGUGAGUCCUCAGGCCAUGGGCAUCGAGGACAGCACGGCCAUCAUCAGCGUCACACUGGUCCUGAUCCAGAACUACAGGAGACUCUUCACGGUCUCUGCAGAGUUGCAGCAGGAAGUCCUCAUGAGUCUGAUCCAGACUGACCCGGACAUCAUUGACUACCUGCUACGCAGGAAACUCAGCAGCAGCAGUCACGUGACCACGGACAGCAGCGGUCGCCGGGACACGGGGGCGUCGCUGGACUCUGUGGGGGCGUCCAGCGGGAGUCUGUCCCCCCUGGAACCGCCCUCGCCGCUUUUCCCGCCCGACGGCAGCGGCGUGGACGGAAGUUUGAGCAGCGAGAUUUUUCUCAACGUCCUCAAACUGAACCAGAACCGGAAACGGCACGAGAGCAGAUACGGAGGUGACGUCUCUGCAGGUAAAUCCAUCCGACACAUGCGUCAGUUCCACUCUCAUCACAACCUCCUCAGCCUCUCACAGCCUUCGUCCUCCUCCUCCUCCUCCUCGUCCUCAUCCUCUGGACCUCUGGCGUCGGCUCUGAGCUUCAGCAGCUGCAGCUGCUCCAGCCUCGGCGUCUCCUCUGACAACAGCGCCGCCGUGUGGGUGCGCCAGGCGUCGCACGACGACAGCAACAAAUCCUCCUCCUCGUCCAACUUCUGGGACUUCUUCACCGGGAAAGGCUCGAGCUCAGAGACCGUGGUAUGACGAGGACAGAUUAUCUUGAGAUUAGGAAUUCUCGUGUUUCCACUGGGGUUUUUUUUGAAGGAAAAACAAACCAGGAAGGACUUUUUAUUUUUUAUUUUUAAACUCAAAUUUUGUUUGUGUUUUUUUUACGAACGAGAAGCAAAAGAAGGAAAAGCGAUGAUGUGGACAUUCUAAUUCUAAUGUACAGUAUAUAUAUAUAAAAUGUAUAUAUAUAAUGUUGUAUUCAGACUAACAGUAGCUGCAUGAGCUUCACUAACAUUCAUCUGUAAAGACAUCAAUAAUCAAUAACCAAAGAUCCCUGAUGACUGACAACAAAAACAUAUACAAAUAAACUUUAAAACAGUUUUUCCCGGUCAAAUUUCACAUUUCUCUAAAAACUUCCUUUCGCCUCCUUAACUUUGUCCAAAGUCGAGUUCCUCUGCAGAUUUUUAAGAAUCCAGGUUCAUUUCAAUCAUUAAAAUAAUCUCCAUGAAGCUCUGGAUUCAUUAAAGCACCAAAUAUUUAAAUUUUAGAUUUCGUAUAAACAUUGAUUUUUUUUACAAAUAGUUAAUUUAACGUCAUUAAUAUUGGAAAAAAGUGACGUUUACCUCACAUCAUAGUGACUUUUGUGCCGUAAAUGAAUGCAAAUGUUUCUACUUUAGUGUUUAAUAUUUAACCUGAGUAAAAACAAACUACAGGAUUUUUCUGCAGCAGAUUAUUUAUUACUUGAAAACAAACGGUAAAAAAAAAGAGAAAAAGUUUUAAAGUGCAAUGAAAAAAAAAAGAGAUUUUAAAAUGUGUGAUUUCUCUGACGUUAAAUAAACUUUCACUGAAACAAAAAGUAAAAAAAAAAAGUUUUGUUUAUAAAUAAACACGUUUUAGGGUUUUUUCAGUCAAUCUGGACACAAAUGUCGCUCCACUUUCCGCCACAAGAGGGAGACAUUCAGACGUCAAAGCUCACAAAAGUUUCAACCCUUUCAUGAAAAACAAGUGAACUCUUUAACCUUUGACCUUUAACCUUUAACACAGUGACUAGUGGUCAUGGACUCAUUUUUAAAAUCUAAUGAUUCUGUUGAUUAUUUCAAGCAUUUCUUUAUUC